UUUUUUUCUUUUGUGCGCGUUUUCAUCAAAUAUGGCAAACGAUAUAGAUACUCUUGUCAGCAUGGGUUUUUCCCUUGCAAAAGUAAAAAAGGCAUGGAAGGCAACGAAUGGUGCUGGUUUGCAACCUGCAAUGGAUUGGAUGCUGGAACAUCCAGAAGUUUCUGAUGAACCUGAAGAAGAAGAAGAACAACCAAAAGAACUAGGCUCUGAAUCAGUUCAAAAAGAGGAAGGCGAAAUACAACAAGGAGAACAAACUGCUUCUAGUUUGAUUUGCAAUGAUUGCCAAAAAUUAUUCCGUGAUGCAACUGGAGCAGAAAGACAUGCUGCGAGGACAGGACAUCAAAAUUUUGCUGAAAGCACUGAAGUUAUAAAACCAUUAACCGAAGAAGAGAAGAAACAAAAGUUAGCCGAACUUCGAUCUCGUAUGGCUGAAAAACGCGCUAUACGUGAAGCUCAGGAGGCAGCCGAACGUAAAGAAGCUGAAAGGAUUCGAAGAAAAGCAGGAAAAGACAUAAUAGCUGCGAAGGAAGAGUUGCAGGCUAAGGAGAUUAAAAAAGCCUUUGAAAUGAAGAAGAAGGAGAAAGAAUUAGAUCGUAUUGCAAAGGCAAAGGUGAAAGCACAGAUUGAGGCAGAUAAAAAGGAACGUGCAGCAAAGAGAGAAGCAGCAAAGCAAUCUCAAGCAGAAGCAGCAGCAGCACCAGCUGCAACAUCAACAUCUCAGCCAGCUGUUAAAAAGGAAUAUGGUGAUGCACGACUUCAAAUUCGCAUACCUGGAAUGAAUCCUGUUAUAAACACCUUUAGCGCUACGUCAACCUUAUCUGAAGUUUAUAGCUUUUUACAAUCGCAAGGCUGCACCAAUCCAUUUACUCUUUCAACUACAUUCCCCAGAAAAACCUUUGGAGAAGAGGAUAAAGAAAGGACAUUGAAGGAACUUAAUUUAGUUCCUUCUGCUGCUCUGAUCUUAGCAUUCAUUUAAGCCCUUCUUUUCUUGCAUAAUAAAUAGCUGCUUAUGAUGAUAUAAUACAUAAGCUAUUACUUUUGGCUAAAGAAAGAGUAACCCUCAUUGAAUAGAUCUCACAAGCUCAUCUUUUGUCUUUUCAGUAUGUAUGAAUGUGUAUGUGGCAUUUAUGGGCCUCCUCCUCGUAAGUUCAAACUGGACCUGAUAAACAAAAGAGAGUGUCCGGCAUGAAUGCCAAGUGAUUCAUUGGCUCAGAUUGAAUAAAAGCUGCGUGACUGCCUCGAUGAAUUACGUA